UUGAAGCAGACGAGACCACGGAUGGCGGCUCGGUGGGUUUGCUGCGAGGCCGCAGCUCCCAGAGGCGGCCCCGAGGCACCAGGACGUUACCUGAGGAACCGAGCCCUCCCAGGCGCUGAACGUGCGGCCAACGGUCUCUCCACCGCGGGGACAGACCCGGGCGUUCCCCGACCCGUGGAUAACCGCCCCCCUUACCUGCCGCCCGCCGGCUCCGCCCGCGGGGCGCCAGUACGGCGCUGUACCGUGCCGCAAGACGGGGGAGCGACCCCGCUCAGCCGCAGCCCGCCCGGGGCCCCAAGCACCGCUGCCGCCGCCGCCUGCUGCUCGCCGUCCCCGGCGCUGAGCCCCGGCGCGAGCGGGCGGAGCCUCUCGUCACGUGGCGGGGGUGGUGGCGGCCGUUGUGCGAGCCGCUGUGUGAGGGGGGGGCGGGUGAGGAAGAUGGCGGCGGCGCUGUUCCGCGGGCGGGUGGCCAUCGUUAUCGGCGGUGGCACCGGCAUCGGCAAGGCCAUCGCCGCCGACUUGCUGGCGCUAGGUUGCAGUGUUGUUAUUGCCUCUCGUAAAUUUGACCGAUUAAAAGCUGCUGCAGAAGAACUGAAUAAUACAUUUUCUUCCAUGUGUCCUGCCAAAGUGACUCCCAUACAGUGUAAUAUCUGCAAAGAAGAUGAGGUAGAAGCUUUGGUGAAGUCUACACUGAGUCUGCAUGGGAAGAUUGACUUCCUGGUAAAUAAUGGAGGUAGCCAAUUCUCAAGUUCUUCUGAAGCCAUCCGUGCAAAAGGGUGGAAUGCUGUGAUAGACACGAAUCCGACAGGGACCUUCUACUGCUGCAAAGCAGUGUACAAUGCCUGGAUGGAGGAACAUGGUGGAGUCAUUGUCAACAUUACUGCUGCCAUGAGAAAUGGGCUUCCUGGAAUGUCGCAUACAGGAGCUGCAAGAGCUGCAGUGAAUAACCUAACCAAGACUCUAGCUUUAGAAUGGGCCCACAGCGGAGUAAGAAUCAACAGUGUUGCUCCUGGAAUAGUAUUUUCGGAAACUGCUGUUGCAAACUAUGGAGAACAAGGUGCAAUGAUGUGGUUAAAGACCAUACCAAAGGUUCCUGCCAAGAGGUUAGCGGUUCCUGAGGAGAUCUCUUCUGCAGUGUGUUUCCUACUAUCUCCAGCUGCUUCUUACAUAACUGGGAUAACCAUGGUUGUGGAUGGUGGCCACAGUUUAUAUAGCCAGAUCCUAGAAAUACCUGAUCAUGACAGAUGGCCCUCACCACCAGAAGGAAAAAACUCUGAAAUGCAAGAGUUUCUUUCUGGCAAGUUCAAGCCAAAGCUGUAAAAGAAUGAUAUUUCACCAUAUUCCCAGUUGCACACUUGCUGAUAAUCUUGUUUUGUGAUUUGGGCAUGUUUUUCUCAGUAAUAUAUUUUUUUUUUGCUCAUGUGUAACUACAUUGAGUGCCUUGAUUAUCAUUGGUAUGUAUUUAAAACUUGAAAGGCUGUACAUAGUAAAUUUCUUCUCUGAAAACACUCACUGCCCUGAAAACAUUCAGUCUCUUGGGAAGAGAAGGUAUAAAAGAAAUUCUCCAUUUGCACAGGCAUUAAGUAAUGAAGAAUCUCAGUCAGAAGUGAAUAAAAAAAAAUACUUAUUUUGAAGAGAAGGGGGCAGAGAUGGAAUGUUUCAGAAUCCUUCUAUUCUGAAUGAAUUUGGGGAGAAGAUAAUUUAAAUCUGUUAUUAUUAGUUGCAUUGGUAACCCUUAAGGUAGCUGUUAGCUCUAUGCUAUUUCUGUUCAGCCACACACUGAAUGUUCAACAAUCAUUUUAAAGACUAAGUAGGGUAGGUAUUUCUCUGAAAAGAAUUAAAAAUAAGGCAGAAUACUGUUAGUAAUGUUUCAAACGAAUAUGGCAUAUCAUAUUGGGAAUGUUUUGAAUUGUUUGCAGAUACAACAACAUAAUGGAGUUAAGCUGGCUGCAACAUAUUUGGUAAUAGAAUAAUCUGAUAAUAAACUUAAGCUUUAACAUACAGUGAUGGAAAACAGCAUAGAUUCAACAAUUUAACAUGCAAAGUCUUGAAGCAAAAGCUGUGGUGUAUAUUGCAGUGCUUUCUGCAGUAUGCUAUACUGUUAAAAGGAGAAACUUGGAAUCCUUCAUUUACCAGUUAAAACACUUUCUAUCCAUACUGUGAUGUCUUACAAUGUUAACACAAUUUUGUUCACCAGUGUCUCUAAAAUAGGUGUGAUUUUUGUGAUCAAUGCAGAGAUUCCAUUUAAAAAAACAGAAACCUUGCAAUAUAUUGCUCCAAGAGGCUAGAUUUGUAGUUACUCACCUCUUUUUAUUCACUUUAAGGCAUGUCUGAUAACUUUAAUCAAAAUAUAAAAAAUAGGUGGUGACUGUGUUUGCUGUAACAACUGAAAUUUGUGGAAUCAAGUUGCUGAUAUGGAAGUGACCUCUUUAAUACUUCAUUUAGGAUUGAAUGUAAGAGUCUCUGCCAGUUGUUUGUUCUCUGCAAAGAUGUUUGACUUUUGUGUCUUUCAUUAAAACAUGGGAACUUA